CCUAAAAUGGCUACAAGAAAUAUAUCCUCCGGGUCUCCAAAGAGCUACCAAUGCAUACGCCACCGGCUGUCCAAUGCCAACCUUCCGGACUCUCUGGCCGACCCCAACCAGCCUCUUCCCCGACCGUCAACUAAUGUUCCGCCGCCGCAUCGCCGUCAUCGGUGCCGGCGCCGCUGGCCUCGUAGCUGCGCGGGAGCUCCGACGUGAGGGCCACGGCGUUGUCGUCUUCGAGCGUGGUGACAGCGUCGGCGGAACCUGGGUCUACACUCCCGCAGUCGAAUCCGAUCCACUUAGCAUCGACUCCAAUCGAAAGGUCGUCCAUUCCAGCCUCUACGAUUCUCUUCGCACCAAUCUUCCUAGGGAGUGCAUGGGUUUUUCGGAUUACCCCUUCGUCGCCGUUACCGGAAACAGUGAUAAUGACCACCGUCGCUUCCCAGGGCAUCCUGAGGUCCUUCGCUACCUUGAAGAUUUUUCGAGGGAUGCCGAUGUUAAUGGGAUGGUACGAUUCCGGACCGAGGUUGUCAGUGUGGAGAUGGAGGGGGAGGGAAGGUGGGCUGUGAGGUCGCGGAAGAUCGAUGAUGGCCUUACAGGCGACGAAAGUGAGGUCUAUGACGGUAUUGUUGUUUGCAACGGCCACCAUACCGAGCCUCGAGUCGCGGAAAUUCCCGGAAUUGAGAUUUGGCCUGGAAAGCAGAUUCAUAGCCACAAUUAUCGCAUUCCCCAGCAUUUCUUGGGUCAGGUCGUUGUUGUAAUCGGUGGUUCAGCUAGUGCUGUUGAUAUCUCAAGGGACAUUGCUGGUUUUGCCAAAGAAGUUCAUGUUGCAAGUAGAUCACAUUGUGUCGAAAACCCCAUGAAGCAACCUGGUUAUGAUAACUUGUGGCUUCACUCUAUGAUUGAGAGCACUAACAGUGAUGGUACUGUAGUUUUCCAAGAUGGAAGUUCGGCCCAUGUUGAUGUUAUCAUGCACUGCACUGGGUACAAGUAUCAUUUUCCUUUCCUCAAAACCGAUGGUAUCAUUGAUGUGGAUGACAAUCGGGUCUCAUCACUUUAUAAGCACGUCUUUCCACCACUUUUUGCUCCAUAUAUUUCUUUCAUUGGAAUACCCUGGAAGGUCGUUCCUUUCCCCUUGUGUGAGCUUCAAAGUAAGUGGGUUGCGGGAGUUCUGUCAGGUCGGAUUGCUCUCCCAACGCCUGAGGAGAUGAUGGAAGAUGUUAAAGCUUUCUAUUUAGAAAUGGAGCAAGCUGCGCGGCCCAGAAGAUACACUCAUAAUAUUGCAGAUUACCAGUUUGAGUAUGAUGACUGGCUGGCAAGCCAAUGCGGUUGCCCUCCAGUUGAAGAGUGGAGGAAGAAAAUGUAUGAAGCAACUGCGAAGAACAGGGUUGCGCGGCCUGAAAGCUACCGCGAUCAGUGGGACGAUGAUGAUUUGGUUACUGCAGCGCAUCAAGAUUUCAUGAAAUCUCUGUUUUCUUCUUAAAUUUACAGCCCUGACUUGUAACUUCUUAUUCUUGUUCUUUGUGAUAAAUGAAUGUAUUAUUUGGGCUGAUAUUGGUUCGACUGUGAGCCUGUGAAUAAAAUGAUAAACGUGUUAUGGAGGAAGAGUAAUCCUGUCAUAAUUAGUGCCUCCUGUUAUCUUACAAAAGAAAGCUAAGCCUUCUGAGUCAAUAUAUUGGGAGCUCAGAACCGUUGAAGCUAUGGUAGAUAUUUUGAAGGCAUUCUUCGUUUGAA